AUGGGUAGUGCUGCAUGUCGUCCAAAAGUGAAACAAUAUGAUCAAAGUAUUCAAAUACCGUCCAUAUCACCUUGCACAUCUACUUCGACGCCUCCACCUGGUCAACCGUAUCCAACAGUGGUAUCAUGGCCCAGCUCAGCAGAAAAGGGUUUUAAAGUUAAAAGUAACACAGAACAAUACACAUCAGUCUGGGAUCAGAAUACUCAGUUAUCAUCGAUAUUUCCUCAGUCAUUGAAAUCCCGAUCCAAUAAGAUCGAGCAUCAUCAGAAAGAGAUGAUUACUACAGAUUGGUCAAAAGCGAAUUCCACUAAUGUCGAUUCAACUCACAUUGAAUCUAUGAUAAAUAGUCAAACUCAGUCAUCGAUUCAUCUCUCAACAUCAGACAAGAUCGAUGAAUUAAUAAAUAACUUCAAUCAUAUUCAUAAUCAACAAGAUGAAAGUAUUAAACGUCGUACUCAGCAAAUAUCCACGGAAAUAGAAUAUGUUCUUACGCAUAUUAUUAAUGAAACUCAACAAGAACAACAGCGUCUUUUGCAGUAUGCCAAAGAACAACAAAUCAAACAAGAUGAACACUAUCGACAGUUAUUACAAACUUACAUAUCCCAACUUGAUGAGAUGAAAGCUAAAGAAUUAGCUCAACUUCAGGGAGAAUUAGACGAUUGUCGGGAACAGAUUAUGCAAGUUUCACAAAUGAAAAUCAUGUCCGUUAAUGAACAAGCGAAUAUGAUUAAAUCCAAAAUUGUUCGAGAAGAACAACAACAAGCAACAAUGGAAAUUGAUACAGUCAAUAUGCAGUUACAAAACUUCAUCACUGACAGCAAUUUUCAAAAACUGGAUAGUGAAAUUGUCACCAAAACAAAUGUUAUUGUCAAUGCCAAUGUCAGAACAAAGUCUACAGACCAAUCGAUAGAAGAUGUUAAACAUAUCGAUGAACAAUCUAUGCAACACACCUACACGAAGACAAAGUAUUCCAAUCUGAAAGUGAACCAUCGUUUUGAACAUGACGAAGAAAUAGUUCAAAUAGGGAAGAAAAUUCCCAUCAAUCCGAUACUGCAGGUUCAAAAAUCUCGCUAA